AUGUCUCUCCAUACAAUCCGAAGUACCUGUCUGAGGUCGUGUGCCUCUCUACUGAGAAGCACGCGACCCUCAACAGCAGCGUCUCUGAUGCGACCCACGUAUUCCGCUGUAAUGCAACCAUUGCAAAUGCGUCACAGCUCGCAUUCCCCCAUGGGUACAACUUCUGCAAACCAAAGAAAGAAAGUCACACUUGGUUCUUUGCGCAGUCUAUACAAGAAGCGCGAGCCAAUCACAGUCAUGACUGCGCACGACUUCCCCAGUGCCCACGUUGCCGACCAUGCUGGCAUGGAUAUUAUCCUUGUAGGCGACAGCCUGGCCAUGGUCGCACUUGGUAUGGAAGACACGAGCGAGGUUGUGGUAGAGGAAAUGCUGCUUCAUUGCCGUUCUGUUUCAAGAGCUACCAAGUCCGCAUUUACUAUUGGCGAUUUGCCCAUGGGUAGCUAUGAGAUAGCCCCGGAACAGGCUCUGGAAACUGCCAUCCGCUUCGUCAAAGAGGGCCGGGUGCAAGGCAUCAAGCUCGAGGGCGGCAAGGAGAUGGCCCCCACGAUCCAGAAGAUCACAUCCGCGGGCAUUCCUGUUCUCGCGCAUGUGGGACUGACACCGCAACGGCAGAACGCCCUUGGCGGCUUCAGAGUCCAAGGCAAGACUUCCGACGGGGCUCUCAGGCUCCUUGAGGAUGCACUCGCCGUGCAAGAGGCCGGCGCUUUCGCCAUGGUCAUUGAGGCUGUCCCAGCUGAAGUCGCAGCACUUGUAACGGAAAAGCUGUCUGUCCCAACCAUUGGUAUCGGUGCUGGUAAUGGCUGCUCCGGCCAGGUAUUGGUGCAGGUCGACAUGACCGGAAACUUCCCUCCCGGCCGAUUUCUGCCAAAGUUCGUCAAGAAGUAUGGCGACGUCUGGAGCGAGAGUCUUCGUGCCAUCGAGACCUACCGGGACGAGGUUAAGAGCCGACAGUAUCCUGCCCCGGAGCACACCUAUCCCAUUUCCAAGGAGGCGCUUGACGAGUUUACAAGCGCGCUGGAAAAGUUGUGA